AGAAAGAUGUCAGAAUUUUCAGAGCCUGACAAAUCCGGCUAGUUUAAGCCAUAUUGUAGCCACGCUUGGUGGGUCAGCCUGCCCGAGCCGAGGAUGAAGUUUGGCAAGACCUUCGAGUCCCACCUGACGAUCGAGUGGCGCCAGCAGUAUAUGCGAUAUGGGGAUCUCAAGGAGCUGAUUAAACAAGGCGUGGAGAACGCACCCUCGCCGCUUACUUCCUCGGACUAUGAAGUUCAGGCCUAUUACAGGGCUUUUGAGGAGACCUUCCUCACCGAAUGCCAAUCGGAACUGACCGGGGUGAACAACUUCUUUCUUGAAAAACUCCUGGAAGCCCGACGCAAGCAUGGCCACCUGAAGCUUAACCUUCUGGCCUACUCCCGGGAACCCGGACACACAGGCAGUGACUCCUCGCUUUCACAACGGACCGAAAGGAGCCCAAAAAAGUUAAUGACCACUCGCCAGCUGAGAUAUGCCUAUGCUGAGUUCUAUCUGAGUUUGGUGCUGAUCCAAAACUAUCAGUCGCUGAACGAGACGGGUUUCCGGAAGAUCUGCAAGAAGUACGACAAGAAUUUGCGAUCCGAAGCGGCGGGCAAGUGGUUCGUGGAGAACAUACUGGAUGCCCCCUUUACGGAUGGACGUCUAUUGCAGCGCAUGACCAUCGAGGUGGAGGAUCUGUACACGGCCCAUCUGGCGAAUGGGGAUCGCUCGCUGGCUAUGGAAAAGCUAAGAGUUCCGCCUUUGGGCCAGACCACUCCUCCAUCGAUGGUCUUCCGUGCGGGAAUCGCUCUUGGCAUGCUAAUCAUGCUGCUCGUGGCCACCGCCAUCAGCUACUGGAAACGAGCCCCAUUGGAGGAUCAUACCCCGGGUCUGAUGAGCCUGUUCCGCGGUCCAUUCACCUGGGUGAUUUUCAACUUCUACAUGGCCGCCAAUGUUGCCGGAUGGCAGCAGGCCGGAGUCAACCACGUCCUGAUCUUUGAGAUAGACCCCAGAAGUCACCUGCAGCCGGCCACAUUUCUAGAAAUUGCCUGCACCUUCGGCAUUCUUUGGGCCCUUGCCAUGUUGGGGUUCCUGUACAACGACUUGAUAGGUGUGUCGGAUCCCUUUGUCUUUCCACUGGGGCUCAUUCUGAUCAUGGUUGGCCUGCUGGUGGUGCCGCUGCCCAUAAUGAACUGGCCAGCCAGGUGGUGGACCAUCAAGCUGGUGGGUCGCGUGAUCACCGCUCCACUGCACUACGUGGGAUUUGCCGACUUCUGGAUGGGCGAUCAGCUGAAUUCGCUGGUGUCCUGCAUUGUAGAUCACUAUUAUACAGUUAGGUUCUAUGCGGUUAGUUGGCUGCGAUAUGAUCGGGUGAACAGCUGCUUUGAACCGGACGUGAUGGUCCCGAUUACCAUGUGCUUGCCCGCCUGGUUUCGAUUUGCUCAGUGCCUGCGAAGAUUCAGGGACAGUGGUUCCAAGUCGGUGAGCUACUUGAUCAAUGCGGGAAAGUACUCAACCACCUUUCUGAUGGUCCUCUUCUCGACGCUGCGCAGGAAUACGGAGGGUAAUCGUUGUCCCCAAAUGGAUCGACUGAAUCCUGACCAAAAGCCCACAAAUCCUGAAACCCUGAAAUCCUCACCCGCAGGUGAAUAUGCCAAUACGUUCAGCAACCCCUACACCUGGCUAUUCCUCGCGAGCUGCGUGGUGGCCACCGUCUACUGCUAUUUGUGGGAUGUUAUUCGCGACUUUGGCCUCUUCAGGAUUAUGCGCGGUGAGCGUAUAUUCCUUAGAAAGCAACUGGUCUAUCCACAGGCCUUCUACUACUUUGUGAUCGUAGAGAAUCUGGUGCUGCGGCUCUUGUGGGCCGUUGAAUUCUCCAUUCUGUACCACAACCUGAUGACUCCCCAUAAUAUGAGGACCAUCUGCAGUAUCCUGGAGAUCACUAGACGCUUCAUUUGGAACUACGUGCGCCUGGAGAACGAGCACUUGUUCAACUGCGGAAACUUCCGCGCCACAAGAGACAUCCAUUUGGCAGCCCUGAAUCCUCGCCAAGAGCGAAUGCUGGAGAGCAUGAUGGACGAGUCGGAUGGCGUGACGAAUCGACGCAAAUCGAAUGAGCGCAUUCGCCUGAAGAAGGAGUACUUCUAAAGGCAGCUGCUGAUCUUUAUUUCCCUUACCCUUCCCCUUUCCCGCCAAUACGCUCUUUUAAUGGCCCGUCGUCGUCUUUAAUUAAUUCAUUUGUGCAAAAUACAAGUCAGAUGGAAAACCUGUGAGACAGGGCGACUGGAGAAAAGGAGCACGAGGUGCACGAGGAGCACGAGAAGCACGCGCCAAACCGGUUGACCAGCUGCACCCAAAAGUGGCAGCUCCCCCGGACUCCCUUCUCCAUAUGUACAUAUAUAUAUAUAUGGAUAUAUAUCGCCUGGUCAGGUAACAAUCGUCAUUGCUGGAAAGGAGGAGCAGAGGUGCCAAGAGCAAGGAGGGGAUCCUCGUGGCGAGCUCCCGAUCAUGGAUCACGGAUCACCAUCGGCCAUCCAGCAAGCUGUUCGACAAUCUCUUAAUUGACUUGCAUCGAGCUUUGAUUGGCCCUAUAAUUAGCCGAGAGAAAGAGAGGAGAAGGAACCCUGGGAUGAUCACCGAUCGCCCAUUCUAAUCCGGAGAAAGGCAUUGCAAUGGACAGAAUGAUUCGGUUGCAUCAUUUAUACAUCGGCUCUUUUAUAUAUCUGGACUGGUUGAAAAUCAUUUUA